GUAGAAAAACAAUAGUUCUCGAAGGAGGAAACAGACACACAUACACACGUGGCAUAGGAUAAGUGGAGGUUAAAAAGAAAACCACGAAAACCGCUGGUGUCUGAAAGAGAAGCCGCUAAAGCCAUUUCAGGCUUUGACUGUUCACAACAAAGCGCCCCUAAAGGAGCGUCGCUUUUACUCUCUCCUCAUCUAUAUAUAAAGAACACACCUUCCGUCUCCUUCCACCUUCAAUUAUCACACCGUAUUCUCUCUUCCUCUCUGAUUAUUACGUUAUGGUCAAGAUGGGUUUGAAACCCAACCCGGUAACUCCUAACCCGACCCACUAUAAUGCCAAAGAGAUUCGUUACAGAGGCGUAAGGAAGCGUCCUUGGGGCCGUUACGCCGCCGAGAUCCGAGAUCCGGGUAAGAAAACUCGCGUCUGGCUUGGCACCUUCGAUACCGCAGAGGAGGCGGCGCGUGCGUAUGAUAAGGCGGCGCGUGAUUUCCGUGGCGCUAAGGCGAAGACGAAUUUUCUUGAGCUGAAUGAGAAGGUGCUCUCCGGUGGAGGCGGUUUCGCGCGGAGCCCUAGCCAGAGCAGCACCCUUGACUAUGCUUCUCCUCCGGCGGUAGUUACACCGGCGACUGAUGGGAUUGUUCCACCUCGACUUGAGCUAAGUCUUGGCGGCGGUGGCGCGUGUUACCAGAUCCCAAUGGCGCGUCCUCUCUACUUUUUGGACCUUAUGGGGGUCGGAAACGGAGGUCGUGGUCAGCUUCCGGUGUCGUCGGCGUUUAGGUCGCCGGUGAUGCAGGUCUCUACGAAGAUGGCUUGUGGUGCCCAGAGCGAUUCUGAUUCUUCAUCGGUCGUUGAUUUCGAAGUUGUGAUGGAGAAGAGAUCUCAGCCGUUAGAUUUAGAUCUAAACUUGCUUCCUCCGGUGGAACAGGCCUGAGGUGUUGCCGGUUUCGCGCAUGCGUUUUUUGCUUUGCAGCUGAGAGAAUAAUUUCACGUAGUCUUUUUCUCCAGCACUCUAAAAUAAUUAUUAUCGGUUUUUAGAAAUUAUAUAAAUCGAGGGAGAAAAAGUAUAAUUUUUAGAUGACAUGUAUCGUUAUGUACAUAACCGGAGAUCUGAACUUUUGUUGUGCGCUUUUUUGCGACUUGGUUUUCACCAUGUUGUUUCUAUGCAUCUUUUCCUUCUGCAA